AUGAAAAUUGUGACCAAGAUUUCGAAUGCAAAAAAGUACCCGUGCACAGUGUCGACGAGCAUAACGAUGAACCGGGAUGGCCGCGUCCAAAAGUUUGUCGUUUCAGCCAGGACUACCCGUAGCAGCAGAAGCAGUGGCAGCAGUGGCAGCAGUGGCAGCAGUGGCAGCAGUGGCAGCAGUGGCAGCAGUGGCAGCAGUGGCAGUGGUAGCAGUGGCAGCAGUGACAGUAGCAGCAUUGGCAGUAGCAGUGGUAGCGACAACUUUUCGAACUAUGUCAAAGAUGAUAACUUUAUUCACUCGGGUAGAGACCUUUUUGGCCACGGUAUAUUUCUUGCAAAUGGAGAGCAAUGGAGGUACCAAAGAAAGGCUGCUAGCUUGAUUUUCAACGUUGCUAACUUCCGAGAUCAAUUUACUCCGGUUUUCGUGAAAGAUAUGAACGUUAUGUCUGAGCAUAUUUUUGAUAAAAAAGCCACCAGUGGAGAAUCGGUUGACUUCCAUGAUGCCAUUUACAAGUAUACUUUGGAAUCGUUUGUCUAUCUCGGAUUUGGACGGCAGCUCAAUGUUUUGACCAGUAAAGAUAAGGUUCCAUUCGCCGUUUCCUUUGAUUAUUGUCAAAAAGUCGUAUUCGAGCGCAUUGUUGAUCCAUUCACAGACCUUCGCGAUAAACUCAAGUCUUUCCUUCAUCCAAAGGAGAUGAGUCACAAGGAGCAUAUUAAGGUGAUUGACGAGUUUGCAUACUCUUUAAGUAAUGAUCGAAAGGAGCAGCUCGAACAAGGUCACGAGUACAAAGAUUUGCUAUCAAGGUUCAUGACUGCACGUAAUGAGAAUGGUCAGUUGUUGAACGAUCAAGAGCUACGUGAUACGGUUUUCAACUUCAUCAUUGCCGGACGGGACACAACUGCUCAAGCACUAGUCGAAGGUAAACUCGUAGCUGAGGUGGAUCAGUUUGUUUCCGACGAGGUAGAAAGCGAUGCUCCAGAAUUCUAUGAAACUAUCAAGAAGAUGAAUUAUGCACACGCUGUACUCUAUGAAACCUUACGUCUAGAGCCUGUAGUUCCAAGCAAUGCUAAGAUGGCUAUACAAGACGACGUUCUCCCUGAUGGUACCCACGUACGCAAAGGCGAUCUAGUCCAAUGGAGUCCUUACGCGAUGGGACGGUCCAAAAGAAUUUGGGGAUCCGACGCAGAAGAAUUUAAACCUGAACGAUGGAUUACACCUGAAGGUGGAUUGCACCGCGAAUCUGCAGCCAAAUGGCCUGCGUUCCAUGUUGGUCCGAGAAUCUGCCUAGCGAUUGUCGGUGCUUCCGCUCCAGUCAGCAAAGUAUGGUUUUGUGGACAAUUCGCUGUUUCGCCUAGCAUUAUUCUACUCGACACGAGUGUAAAGCAUUACGAUUUAAGCGGCGAUCAUGACACGGCUGCAUAUCAGCAUGUCAAAAAACACAUUGAGCAUCCAUGUGUAUAUGUAUGCUCAUAA